GUCACGUGGCUACAGUUUAAGGCGCUCGGGUCAGGAGUGAGCAGAGUGAACAGAGUGAACAUGUCGGCUCCUCUUCACUGCUCUGCUCUGAUGUGACGCACUUUGUGUGGAAGCAGCAGCUCGGGUCCCGUCAGUCAUUCAGACCGAGCACAGACAGACAUGUCCGGCUUCAGCGCGGAGCUCAUAGACUACCUGGAGGGCAGGAUCACGUUCGAGGAGUUCGACAAGCGGAGAGAUGAGCGCAGAGCCAAGGAGUCAGAGGAAGUAGCUGAAGAAGAUGUGGAGGAGGAGGAAGAGGAUGCUCAGCCCUCCACCUCUGCACAGGUCCCGGGGAAGAUCGAGGAGGGAGUCAGCCCGGGAGUCCAGCUGGCCUUCGCCUCCAUGCUUGGAGAAACGCCAGAACCACCGUCUUCAGAAGAGGAGGAAGAGGAGGAGGAGGACAGCAUGAGCUAUGUUGACGAUGAAGAUGAUGAGGACUACAAGGUGGAGGAGGAGGAGGGGGGAAAGGUGGAGGUGGAGGUGGAGGCAGAGGCGGAGGUGACAGAGAAGAAGCAGAGGCGAGGGGGGAAAGGAGGGAAAGGCAGAGGGCGCAGGAAGAAGAAAGACGAGGAGGAUGACGACGAGGAUCCGACGGUGGGGGACGUGUUCGCGCUGGAGAUGGAACUGGACAGAGAAAACAAGAAGAUGAUGAGGGAGCGGCGUCAUCGCAGCAAGCUUCCCAGAGCUCUGAGAGGUUUGAUGGGAGAAGCUAACAUCCGCUACGCCAGAGGAGAGAAAGAGGACGCCAUCUUGAUGUGUAUGGAGAUAAUAAGACAGGCUCCUCUGGCCUAUGAACCGUUCUCUACGUUGGCUAUGAUCUACGAGGACGAUGAAGACAUGGACAAAGCGCUGCAGUUUGGUCUCAUCGCCGCCCACCUGAACCCCUCAGACUGUGAGGAGUGGAUCAAACUGGCAGAAAUGUCUUUGGAGCAGGACAACAUCCGGCAGGCAAUCGUCUGCUACACCAAAGCCAUUAAGUACGACCCCACCAACGUCCGCUACCUGUGGGAGCGCUCCAGCCUCCACAUGCGUCUGGGCGAGCACAAACACUGCAUGGACGGCUACCGGAGGAUCCUGUCGCUGCUGCCGCUGGAGGACGGAGAGCAUUUCAUGCAGCUGUCCAAAGACAUGGCCAAGAGUUACUACGAGAGUAAUGAUUUGGCCUCAGCUCUGGGUGUUGUUGAAGACGCUCUGGCGCGACACCCCAGCCUGGUCAGCGAUGACUUCAUCAACAUGGCAGCUGAGCUCUACAUCGGCAACCGCCACUACAACAAGGCCCUGCAGGUCUUGGUCCAGUUUGAAAUUGUAACUUUGGUCAGAGAUGAAUCCAAAUCAGACUCUGAGGCACCAACAAAAGAAGAGAAAGGAGCAGAGAAGACGGCUGAGGAGGAGGAGGAGAAGAAGAAGAAUGAAGAAGAAGGCACAAAGUCGAAGACUGUGGAAGAAAUGGCAUCAGAGGAGAACGGUAAAAUUAAGGAUGUACAGGUACCAGACAGCGUCCCAGUGGACCUGAGGGCCAAGCUAAUGGUCUGCCUCAUACACCUGCAUGUCUACACACCCCUGGAGGGACUAGUGUCGUCGCUGAUGGAGCAGAGCCCAGAGGAGAUUGGCGACUUGUACCUGGAUGUAGGUGAGGCCUACCUGGAGGAGGGCGAGUACAUGUCUGCUCUGCCUCUGCUGUCUGCCCUCGUCAUAUCUGAAAAGUACAACCUGGCUGUCGUCUGGCUCCGACACGCAGAGUGUCUAAAGGCGCUGGGCCACAUGGAGGUGGCAGCAGAAAGCUACACAAAGGUGGUGGAGAUGGCUCCGUUGCACCUAGAGGCCCGGCUCUCCCUGGCCACCCUGCAGCAGCAGCUGGGCAAACCGGAGUGCGCCCUCAAAGCGCUGGAGUCCAUGUACGACAGCGAAACACUGGCACAGGACUCGUCAGCCGUACAAAAGGAAUUAAAGCUGCUGCUGCAUCGUUCCACACUGCUCAAGACUCAGGGACAAACACAGGACUACCUGGAUGCUAUGAUCUCCAUGAUCUCCAUGCUACUGAAGGUGGCCAUGCAGCGAGCUAAGGUGUGCGUGCGCUCUGUGAGCGUAUCAGGCAAGAGUCACCUGAGGCUGGUGAAGGUCAAAGACAUGGUAGCAGAAAUCGCUGACCAUGAAGCUGCCUAUUUGGCCAACACUGGUAAAACUAACGUUCUGUCCAAAGAGGACUGGUGGCAGCUGCUGGUGAGCUGCGUGCUCACACUGUGCGAGGUGAAGCGCUACGAGGAGGCCGAGUUGCUGGUGGAGUCCGCCAUGGAGUUCUACUCCUUCUACGACAACAAGCCCAAGAGGAAGGAGCUGGAGUUCUUUGGCCUGUCCGCCACCAUCCUCGACCACAACCACUACAAGGCCUACAACUACAUCAGGUUGAUGCUGAUGGAAAAUGUGGAUCUGCCUCAGCUUUGGAAUAUUUUCAACCAGCUGACGAUAACCUCCGAGCACCAGCGCCACCAUCGCUUCUGUCUGCGCCUGCUGUUAAAACAUCCCGACAACCACGCACUGUGCGUCCUCUGCGGACACAACGCCAUGGUGUCAGGGAGCUUCAAACAUGCUCUGGGGCAGUAUGUUCAGGCCUUCCAGACUCACCCCAACAACCCGCUGCACAGCCUGUGCGUGGGUCUCACCUUCUUCCACAUGGCCUCUCAGAAAUAUGUGGGCAAACGACACACGCUGGUGCUGCAGGGUUUCUCCUUCCUGUGGCGGUACGUGGAGCUGCGUGGAGAGUGCCAAGAGAGCAUGUACAACCUGGGCAGAGCGCUGCACCAGAUGGGCCUCACACAUUUGGCCAUACAUUACUACCAGAAGGCGCUUACACUCCCUGCACAGAAACUGGAGGGUAUGCCGGACGAUCAGGUGGAUCUGAAGAGAGAGAUCGCCUUCAACCUCUCCCUCCUCUACCAGGCGAGCGGGAAUGUGGAGAUGGCCCGGCAGCUCAUCAACACGCACUGCAUUGUUUGAAAGUGCACACAAAGUCUUCAUCGUCUGAGCCAGUGUUUCUUU